AUGGACAACUCAAGUUAUGAAAUGGAAUAUGAUUUCUUCAAUCAAUUUCCUGACGAAACCGUUGAAGAAGUCCUUCCCGCUGUAUUUGACCGCACCACCAAUACAUUCAGAAUCAAAAGAUUAAAUAUUGGAUGGGCCUUGAAAAAAAGCCACAGCAAAGCUUACAACAAGUACAAACCAGUUGAAAAACUCGCUGAAGGUGAGAGCCUUUACGACAGAAAAAUUCACAAAAAGUGCGCUGGUGCUUUGCGAUGUCUCAGUCUGCAAUGCAAAAGACCUGAAUGGGUCAAGGAUCAAAGACCUCCUGUUGACUGGAAAGACGAGCUUGGCUGCCUCAAAAAGUUUCAAUGCCCAUACUGUGAGGCGCCAUUGAAGCGGAUCGACUGUGGUGUUGGUGCAACUUUCACCUUCCGUGUAACUGAUAUUCGCAGAGAAGACAGAGGCAAUACAGUUAUAAUUAGACCAAACAUCACUGCUGCUGCUGCCAUUGCUGGCAUCGAUCCAUCUACUGGCGCCAUCGUGAAAAGCGUCAGAGAAAUCAACAGUGUAAUGGCAAAUCAUGGACGCACCAAGUAUGAGAUCCGGAAGUCGAAGAUCCAACAAGAUCUAUACUCUACCAAGGGAGAUGAUGUGGUAGCUGCCUUUGAAGAUCUUGAUGAGAAGUAUCCAGGCUUCAUGGAUUCAGCACGGAUUGUCCCUAGCAAGUUUUUUGUGAGCUUCUGUUCACCUGAAAUGCUUCAGCGUAAUCUCCCUUUCGCAGAUCAACCGAUCAUAACAAAUGUCACUUUCAAGGCUGUCCCAAAGGGCUAUUAUCUAUGCUCAAGUGUCAUCUAUAUCGAGCAACUCCGGAAGCAUGUCGUCUUUUAUCAAGCGAUAAUCGAAAGCAACACUACACAUGUUUUCAAAGAAUACUUUGUUGUUGCUUUGUUUAGAAAAUUUGAUUUCAAACUGGAGAAGUUUUUGGGAGUCAUUAUGGACUUUUCAGCCGCCCAACGCGAAGGGUGCUAUAUGCAUUGGAUGCGAUCAGUCAAGCGCAUGUCCAACAACCACCAAGUUGUCAAGCCAGAUGAGAUUGAUACCUUCUUGAAGCUAGUCCAUCGGUUCUGUACCAUAAGAAACAGUAUCGAAUUCUUUCGAACUGGUAAGGAGCUUUUGACCUUCUUUCCCAACUGUAAAAAGUGGUUACAGUGGUGGCUCCAACCUGGUGUCUUCAGUAUGGUCGCCAAGCGUGAUGGAAUGAUGUUGAUGGAUUUUUAUGGCAAUAAUAUCCGACCGCAUUACGGAAACAAACCCAAGAAGCCAACAAAAAAGUAUGCAACUCUGUAUGAAAUUAAUGACGGCCGUGCGCCAGAUAACAACACUGCACUCUUUGGCACCAAGAAGAGAAAACAAGAAGUGGUGCUCAUUAGCGAUGCUGAGGAGGAUGGCAAACGCAAGGCCAAGAAAGCAAAAACCCGUGAUGUUAGUUUGGAUGCUGCCAUAAUUGAGCAUCUGGAUGAAACUGACGAAAUGGAGAGGAACUGUCCCAAGACGGAUGAUUUCCGAGAUGAUGAUAUCAGUGAUGAGAAACUGUUCCUUGAACUACUCUCAGACGACGAAUACAAAAGCGAUAAAGCAGAAAAUGUAUUUGAUAGAACUGAAGACCUAGAUGAAGACAUUAAAAAUAUGUUUGAUGAUGUUGUCGGCUCAGAUGAAGAAUCGAAAUCGUCCGUUAUUGAUCUUGUAUCAUCUUCCUCUUCUUCUUCUUCUUCUUCUUCUUCUUCUUCUUCUGGGGAAUACAUCCACUAUGAUCUGCAUUCCGACAGUUCAUCCAGUUACUAG